GUCAAAUCAUGGCAAGAAAUCCGUUGCGCACAGGCGCGAGCGCCAUUCUGUACCAGCCGGGGGUUUUCUUCUAUUUAAGUCGGACGAAAUCGCCGGCGCCGCCCCUCACGCUCCCCCUCACACUCCCUCGCUGCUCUCACACCGUGUCGUCGUACUCAACGGCGAGGAUGAGCGCGGGCGCCAACUGCUCGGGUCCGAUCGCUCCUCCGGUGGCGAAGAAGGUGGAGCACCGGAUGGAGAUGUUCGGCGACGCCAGGAUCGACAACUACUACUGGCUCCGCGACGACUCUCGCUCCAAUCCCGAUGUCCUCUCCCACCUCCACCAGGAGAAUGCCUACACCGAUUCGGUGAUGGCCGGGACGAAGCAAUUUGAGGAUGAUCUUUUUGCUGAGAUAAGAGGACGUAUAAAGGAAGAUGACAUAUCUGCACCCAUACGCAGAGGGCCUUACUACUAUUAUGAAAGGAAUCUAGAGGGAAAGGAGUAUGUUCAGCACUGUAGGCGGUUAGUACCAGAUACGGACGCCCCUCCUUCUGUUUAUGAUAAGAUGCCAACUGGUCCUGAGGCUCCUCCUGAGCAGGUUAUCUUGGAUGAGAAUAUCAAGGCUCAAAAUCAUUCAUUCUAUCAUGUCACUGCUUUUCAGGUUAAUCCAAGUAAUAAGUUGGUGGCAUAUGCAGAGGACACCAAGGGCGAUGAGAUAUAUACUGUUUAUGUAAUUGAUGCUGAGACAGGAGCUGCAGUAGGGAAACCUUUAGCAAAUGUGACAUCUUAUGUGGAAUGGGCUGGUGAUGAUAUAUUAGUUUACAUCACAAUGGAUGAGAUUCUUCGCCCGGACAAGGUGUGGUUGCAUAAGUUGGGGACCGAACAAUCAGAUGACGUUUGCCUUUAUCAUGAGAAGGAUGAUAUGUUUUCUCUUGAUCUUGAAGUUUCUGAGAGCAAGAAGUUCUUGUUUGUUGCAUCUGAGAGCAAGAACACAACAUUUGCUUUCUAUCUUGACGUUUCAAAGCCAGAAGAUGGUCUUCGGGUUCUGACUCCUCGCAUAUACGGAGUGGAUACUCGUGUCAGCCAUCGGGGAAAUCAUUUUUUCAUUCGGAGGAGAAGUGACUUGUUUUACAACUCAGAACUUUUGGCUUCCCCACUCGCUGAUGCAUCGAACACAACUGUUCUUAUCCCUCACAGGGAAAGUGUAAAAAUCAAGGACAUGCAGCUUUUUGCUGAUCAUCUUGUUCUCUUUGAACGAGAAAAUGGUUCGCUAAAAGUUACUGUGUAUCGCCUUCCAGCUCUUGGGGAACCACUCACACAGCUUCAGGGCGGUCGUUCUGUUGAUUUUGUUGAUCCAGUGUUUUCAGUGGAUCGAUCAGAAUCACAGUUUUCGUCAAAUAUAUUAAGGUUCAGCUAUAGCUCCAUGAGAACACCUCCUUCUGUCUAUGAUCACGAUAUGGACACUGGCAUAUCUGUUGUGAAGAAAAUUGAAACAGUAUUAGGAGGUUUUGAUGAGUCAAACUAUGUUAGCGAAAGGAAAUGGGCCACAGCUCCUGAUGGAACUCAGAUUCCCAUGUCAAUAGUCUACCGGAAGAAUAUGGUGAAACUGGAUGCAUCUGAUCCCUUGUUGCUUUAUGGAUAUGGUUCAUAUGAGAUGUGCAUUGAUCCUAGUUUCAAGGGAUCAAGGCUCUCAUUGUUGGAUCGAGGAUUCAUUUAUGUGAUUGCCCACAUUCGAGGCGGUGGAGAAAUGGGGAGGCCAUGGUAUGAGAAUGGAAAAUUGUUGAAGAAGAAAAACACGUUUACAGAUUUUAUUGCUUGUGCUGAGUAUUUGAUAGAAAAAGGGUACUGUACAAAGGAAAAGCUGUGCAUUAAUGGGAGAAGCGCUGGGGGCCUCUUAAUGGGUGCUGUUCUGAACAUGAGACCAGAUUUGUUCAGGGCAGCAGUUGCUGGAGUACCUUUCGUGGAUGUUCUGACUACCAUGCUUGAUCCUUCUAUACCUCUUACAACAUCAGAGUGGGAGGAAUGGGGUGACCCUCGGACAGAGGAGUACUACUACUACAUGAAGUCAUAUUCUCCAGUAGACAAUGUGAGGGCUGAAAACUAUCCACAUAUUCUUGUUACUGCAGGGUUAAACGAUCCACGAGUUUUAUACUCAGAACCUGCGAAGUUUGUCGCCAAAUUGAGGGAUCUGAAGAAGGAUGACAAUAUGCUAUUAUUCAAGUGUGAAAUGGGUGCCGGACAUUUUUCAAAGUCAGGGAGAUUCGAGAGGCUUCAAGAAGAUGCUUUCACAUUCGCAUUUCUGCUGAAGGCUCUGAAUAUGAUUCCUAAUCAUGGGUCUGCAAAGAUCUGAUGAGGUAUUCACAUGCUGCCUGGAAACAUCGAUCUCCAACAAUAUUGGACAGAAAGAAGGCUUUUGGUUGAAGGUGCGUCAAAACUGAAGGCUGGUCAACAAUCUCCAUGCCAAGAUGUUGUCUUUAAACUAGGUAUUCACGAAUUCAUCAUAAUUUUUUCUAUAUUGGAGAGGGUGAAAGAAAUACCAAUACCAGUUCCAAUCGUUUGGAUAGGUUCAACUAGCGCUGCUACUUGAAUCUCUUGCUAACGCAAGAAAUUGGAUUUUGAUGACAUUUUUUUGUUGUUAUUAUCUAAUGUUAAUUCCUGAAAUGGUUAAAUGAUCUAUGGCUCAU